AUUUCCUUAUCAGGCAGAUAUCUGAAGUGGUUAAUCUUCGUAAAACAAUUAAAUAAUAAAAUGACUAAUAUGAAACUGAAACCGGAUAUAUAUUACAAAAUAAACUUGGUAUUACCGGUAAAAAAAAAAAAUCCAGUAGUAGUAUGCGUGUGAUAAAUUUGUUUUCAACAAGAUAAUUAAGCGUGACAUCUGUUUGAUUUUGAUGCAACGGUAUUGUCUUGAUAUCGGAUACACUGCAACGAUGGACGGCAAUCAUAAAGUGUUUGAAUGAUGGAAUAAUUUCUGGGGGAAACUUACAAGAAACAAUCAUGAGUUCGCAGAUCAAAGCCAACAUUUCGAAGACCGAGAUACUGAGUUCGUGUUAUCCGCGGCUGAAGAGACUGCAGGAUACUUACAGGGAUAAAUUACAUCUUUGUCAAGAGUUUCUUCCAAAGUGGGCAUAUGAUGCCCUUCUGGGACCUAUUGAGAACCCGGUUCUCUUUUUCUGUAGCAGCGGGAACAACAGAGAAUACAUUGAUUCUCUCUCAGAAAGAAUCGCGAGCUGUGAUAUUGAUGGAGACAAAUUGUGGUGUGUCAUGGAGGAGAUGAAUCAUUCUGCUGUACCCCACAUGUAUUUGGUCGCAUUAAAUUUCGCAAAGAGAGCAGCCAAGAUUGAACUCUCAACACAGAGCCUCAAUCUUUUGAAGCAUUUGAAAGUUUCUCUGGGCACUAGAGAAAUUUCUACAUUCCCAAUUGUGUAUAUAGUGAACUGUGUAUAUGAUUCUGCCUCAAUAGAAAACCACGGCCAAAAUGACCAUCGAACUAUCACCAGUCUUGUAAGAAAUGCAAUUAGCGACGAUGACAAGCAUUUACCCUCAAGAAUCUUUUUCAAAGGAGAGAAGGGCAUCAAAGAACGAUGCUCAAGAUUACUGGAGAAAUCGUUUCGUGAUUCUUUUUCCACAAUGUCUAGCUGUCUCCGACAAGAUGCACAAAACAAUCAUAAUCAGAUAACUGUUUGGGAUUGCGAUUCGUGUGCUCAGCAGGUUAUGAGAAUUGUCCAGGAGAGAGAGGAUAAAGUGAACCAUAAACUACACAAAAUAGUGACAGAAAACAGAGAUGGAAAGGUAAACACAAUCAGCAUGGAUAUUGCGACAACUGUGAAAGAUGAAGUACGCAAUGCGAUAGAACAGAGCUUUGGAUUUGAAAUCAGUGAACCUGAAUUAACUGGGGAACGUUGUUGCUUUUUUGACAUGAUUGCACAUAAAUUGUGGUUCAAAAAGUCACGAAAUGAAAGUAUUACCCUUUCAGAAAUUCUGGAUCCUUCUUCCCUACCUUUAGUAGUGCAGUAUAUACGGAAGCAAAUGUGUAAGGCAGAGAAUCAGUAUCAAAACUUAAUUCACGAACUUGACACUCUGUCUGACGUCAUCCGUGAUCAAACGACAUAUCUGAGAGAAGACAUUCCUUAUGAAUUGCAGAUUUAUUUGUGGAGACUGAAGCAUGUCUCAUCAAUAAAGAAAAGAGAUGAUACCCUGGUCAUUGGUAUUUCAAGAGCAGAAUAUUCACGCGACAAAACUUCCUUGAAAACUGAAAUCCAAGAGCUGCUGAGGGAUUGGAAAGAAUUUGAAGCAAAUGAUUUUAUUUUGGAACCAUUUGCGAAAAAAAUAACAUUCUUUGCUACGUUUGAAUCCGGUGGAACGAUAGGUUUUCAUCUGAAAGGAAAAUACAAACGCGGAGUAGCUGGAGUGAUCGGCGACAUGGCGGAAGCCGUUCAGUUUGCUAUAACAUGCGCUCAUGUGGCACCCCCGGGCUUUACGAUGUAUGAUAACGAAAAGAAUGUUGUAGGACGUUCUGUAAAAGACCUGUGCAUCACGACAGAUGAUGAGUGUGUUGUAGGAUUAUUAGACUUCGCUGCGGUUCCUAUCGACCCACCAUUAACGGCAAGGCAAGAUUUAAGAUCACCAAUAUCUUUUACUGGCACUCCUGGGGUAACAUUGUUCGAUGGAGACUUUUCUGUGCUGCAGAAGGAAAGUACCGGUCUCUACUUUCAUAGGAGAGGUGAAGAUGACCCGAUUUUUCUUAAGUACGUUGGUGAAACGUUGUUAAAAUACGAGGACUGUGAUGAAGAACAUUCAAUGGAAUCUGUUCAAAGCAGUGAAAAUCGUUUUCCAUUUCGGAGAAUUGACGUUGUAAUACCAACACAUAUCACCAGACAAAUUCGUCCAGGCGACAGUGGAUCCGCCGUAUGCUGUUUCGACGAAGAAAGAAACGUCAUAAGUGUCGUGUUUUUAAUCGUCGGAGAAUAUGACGAUGGGUUUGUUUGUUGUAGGCUACAUGAAGGAAUCGUUUGUCUAAAGAAUAGAGCCGACUAUCAUAUCAAUAUACUUCCUUUAUAGAAUAUAUAUAUAUGAUAUAUCCCCGUGAGCUCGAAAUAAAGGACACCAAAGAGUCGUCCACUUCUGCUUCAUACUUAGAUAUUUUAUUGAAAGUAGACAUUAACGGCAAACUGACAACUCAACUGUAUGACAAACGGGAUGAUUUCAGCUUCUCCAUCGUCAACUUCCAAUAUUUGUGUAGCAAUAUUCCAUUAUCACCUGCAUAUGGUGUUUAUAUAUCUCAACUGAUUCGAUAUGCAAGAGCUUUUUCUUUGUAUAGUCAGUUUUUAAAUCGAGGUAAGCUACUGACAAACAAGUUGAUGGUACAGGGAUUUCAACAGUCUCGAUUGAAGUCAGCAUUUCGCAAAUUCUAUGGUCGUUAUAACGAUCUAGUUCGUCAAUACAACCUCGCAUUGGGUCAAAUGCUGUCUGACGUGUUUCAUACCGAUUGCUAAGCCGUUCUUGGCACACUGAUUUUGACUGCGGAUAACUCCGUUUACCUGAUCAGGAUAGAGGGCUCACGGCGGGUGUGACCGGUCAACAGGGGAUGCUUACUCCUCCUAGGCACCUGAUCCCACCUCUGGUGUGUCCAGGGGUCCGUGUUUGCCCAACUAUCUAUUUUGUAUUGCUUAUAGGAGUUAUGAGAUUGAUCACUGUUCGUUAUCUUCACCUUGCAUAUAUAUAUAUAUAUAUAUAUAUAUAUAUAUAUAAUAUAUUAUAUAUUAUAUAUAUUAAAUUUGAAACGAGUAAAGACGUAUUAUGGUGUCAUAUUUCUGCCUCCCACUUGUCUGAUAAUUACUAGUAUGUUAAUUGUCAGAUCAUGCUUGGCGGAUUGUCAGAAAAAAUUGCCGAUAAUUGGAAGGCAGUAAUCGAGCAUUUUUAUUUCAAUUUAUUUAAACUUUAAAAUUUCGUUUAACUGACAAGUGGACAAAAUGAUAUGACAAGUGGACUCAAGUACAUGUAUCUGACAAGGUUCCUGGGAAUGCUGGAGAGAGAAAAUCAUUAACAUCGCCAGCAACAUGAACACAAACAUGUGUGCAUCGAAGUCUCUUGAAAGUAUUAAAAUGCAUUUUAAAUUGGUACAAAGAAGAAAAUAGGAAUAAUACACUUUCUCGGUUUGGAAGAAAUGUAGAACCAUCAAUUAUUUGUAUUGUUGCUUGAGUGAAUUGAAUUAUAAGUAUGUCUGCUUGCUAGCAAACAAAUCUCUGCACCAAGUUAAUUGAUAUUAUUUUAUUCUAAAUUAAAGAGAAAUUAUAUGUAAUGUGGUGUUUUUCUCUUUGCACCACAUAUACCCCUUUUCUAGAUCUAUUCUACCAGUGCACUAUCAUAAAAUCAAGGGUUGAUAUUAUUGCAAUUUUACCUAAUGAUUGCAGUUUUACUUUCAGAUCUAUACAACUAUGAUUAAAUGGUUGAAAAGUG